UGGACCUCACGCGUGACUCACGGUCAGUUCCUCGCCGACUAUGAGCGGCGAAAGCCAUGCCAGUUACAAACGCACGCGUUGCAUUCUCGGUGGCUCUGUCGUUGCUCGCCUUACUACCGUCGCUGUCUCUACAGGAUCGCUCGAGGACUUCGGACGGUUUUCCCGGUCAAUAUGAGACAAUCGUCAGUGACCCACCAGGCCGCUCCAAGUGGAACGAGAACAAUGAUUUUUCCGGACCAUCGAUUAAUAAUAAAUGGGAGGAUGGUGGCAGAGGGCCGGCAGGUGGUAGCGGUACUUCCAGAUUAACGGGUGGCAGUUCUUCAGGAUUAAACGAUAACCGUCCGCCGAGCUGGAACAAAGUGGGCACGGAAAGUUCAUCCGACAACUAUCCACGUAACUAUCCAAAUAACGAUGGAACCACCCGAAGAUCUUCGGAAUCAAGGACCACUCAAAGAUCUCCCGAUUACCCAAAGACCAUCCAAAGACAGCCCGAUUACUCAAGGACCACUCAAAGGUCUCUCGAUUAUCCAAACACCCAAAGACAGUCCGACUACUCAAGGACCACUCAAAGGUCUCUCGAUUAUCCAAACACCCAAAGACAGUCCGACUACUCAAGGACCACUCAAAGAUCUCUCGAUCACCCAAACACCCAAAGACAGUCCGAUUAUUCAAGGACCACUCAAAGGUCUCUCGAUCACCCAAACACCCAAAGACAGUCCGAUUACUCAAGGACCACUCAAAGGUCUCUCGAUCACCCAAACUCCUCCCAAAGACAGCCCGAUUACUCAAGGACCACCCAAAGACAUUCCGAUUACGACAGAGAGGGUCCAGACGAUCGCGUAUCCGACGAUCGAGAUGAAUAUCCACAGGGUCGACAGUGCAGGAACGAUGAGUUUCGUUGCGGAAGUAACGAGUGCCUGCCGCGAAGCGUCAAAUGCGAUAAUAGAAUUGAUUGUCGCGACAGCAGCGAUGAAGAAUUAUGUGUUACGAACAGAAAUCAGGAGGACAGCUGCGUACUGCCUGAACAACAGGAAGGUGGGCACUACGUAUUGAGUGCUUGCGGAGAACGUUGCGAUAGACUCAAUCCUGGUGAUGUGGUUCCCAAAAACAGUAUCCUCAAUUUUACCUGUAAGAGCAAUUACGUAUUGAAGGGAAACAGCAUUUCCGUUUGUGCCGACAACAAGUGGUAUCAGGCGCCUACAUGCCAGAAAGUCUGCCCGCCGUUGAACAGCACCAGCGUAGACAUUUCUUGCCGCUUCCAGGGGGAAGUGGUGUCCUGUAGCGAGCGUAUAAUGCCUGGUACGCGGGCUACACUCGCCUGUAAAUCAUCUUAUAAAUUACCUUUAACGAACGAUCCGGCUUACAGGGAGAUCACGUGUCUCGACGAUGGUUUAUGGGAUCGUCGACUUUUUCGCUGUCUACCAGAAUGCGGGACGUCCGUCGCACGCGGCAACACCUUAAUCGUAAACGGAUUCCAAGCCAAAACGGGGGUAUUUCCAUGGCACGUUGGCAUUUACACCAAGGGGCGUAAGGACGACUAUCGGCAGAUAUGCGGCGGCACUUUAAUUACCAACAAUCUCGUCGUAUCAGCGGCCCACUGUUUCUACGAUGAGACUGAAAACGCACUGUACGGCGCAUCCAAGUACGCCGUGGCCAUCGGCAAACACUAUCGCGAUUGGUACACCAGCGAAGAAUACGCCCAGCAAUCGUUACUGGAGAGCAUUCAGGCGGGCGGCAGGUAUCAGGGAGCGAGGGGUAAUUUCGCCGAUGACAUAGCUUUGCUGAAGUUGAAGACGCCCUUCGAGCUGACUGCCUUAGUGAAGCCGGUCUGCGUAGACUGGGACAACACGUACGAGAGGGAACAGCUGCAAGUGGGACACGCCGGCAAGGUGGUCGGAUGGGGUAGAGACAUCAAAGGCGAAUCCGCCAAGAGCUUACAGGAAAUUGACAUGCCGUUCGUGCCGUACGAUCAGUGUUUGUCCGCGGUUCCUGCAGAUUUUCGAGGAUUCCUCACGUCCGACAAGUUCUGCGCCGGCCACUUGAACGGCUCGAGCGUUUGCGACGGAGACAGCGGCGGCGGCUUGUGCUUCGAGAAGGACGGCAUUUGGUAUCUUCGCGGCAUCGUGAGCGUGAGCCCAGAGAACAAAGGCAGCUGCGAUUACAACUCGUACGUCGGGUUCACCUCCGUCAGUCACUUCCGCGAUUGGAUUCGCGAGGCCUACGUCCAAUCGUAAACGCUGGGAGCUGUGCGGACGCGCGAAAAUAUAUCGCCGGCAUCAUCGAGCCUGUUGCAAUAACGGCCCAGACGGUUCGAUGGGGCGUCCAAACAAGAUAACAGCAACAAAACAUUACGGAUUGACAAUUGUAAAUCUCCUUCACAAUUUUAGCAUCGAGUGGCAAAAAACGGCGAAAAUGGAAGGACAGAGAUUUAAAGGUUUACGCGACAAAACUGAUUUUUAUAUUAAAAACACGAUAUUAUCUCCGAGAGGCGCUAUUCAAGUUUUAAGUGUCUCGCGUACGACACUUUUGUAUCAUAAAUAAAACGCCUUAUCAUACUGCACAGUCGUGACGUAUGUUUAGGAAGAAAUCAA